UAGACAGGCAGUGAGCAUCUUCUGUCUGCGCAGAGACGGUAGGGGGAGAAAAUGCAGGACUGGGCCGGCGUGUUCAUCCCUCUGGUGCUGUUCAUCCUGCUUUCGCCGGGCCUCCUCUGCCAGAUCCCCGGCAAGUGCCGGUUCAUCGAGUUUGGCAACUUCCACACCAGUGCCGUGUCCAUCGUCAUCCACGCCGUCAUCUUCUUCUGCUUCGCCGCCAUCUUCCUCAUCGCCAUCGGGGUGCACAUAGACCUCGGAUCCUGAUCAGUCUCUGAAGUCUUCGCAUAUGUGUAUCAGUCCUCUCAUCGGGGUGUAAAUGUGUGGCCGUGUUGUUGUUUCCUGCUUUCGCGUUCAGUUCACAGUUGAGUUGAGUUAUCUGAAAGUUCUAGACCUCUCUUUGUUAGUUCUAGUGCAGUACAACUCACUGUAUCGUAUCGGUGUAUGUCUUUGUGAUCAAUAAUUAAACUGGUUCCUUGCUUAUAACUA